ACAAUUACGAACUCGGCUAUAUUCAACACCUCACCAACUACGACUACGGUUCUAUAAUGCACUACGGGAGGUAUAGCUUUGCUGAAAACAGGACCAAGCCCACCAUCACCCCUAAACGUGACGGUGCGACCAUUGGGCAACGCGUCGCUCUCAGCACAUCUGAUAUUAGUGAGAUAAGGCAAUUGUAUAAUUGCGGCGAAAGCGAUAGCACCAACACAGCGGCCACCAGCAAGCCAGUGACUCAAAUACCUGUGACCCAACAACCUGGAACCUACCUGUCUUUCUGUAACUUCGAUAGCGGCAGCCUCUGCGGCUGGACCCAAGACAGCUCGGACGAUAUGGACUGGACUCUGAAAUCCGGGGCCACGAGCUCAGCAAAUACCGGACCCAGUUCUGGAUAUGGCGGCAGUGGUAAAUACAUGUACGUAGAGGCGAGUGGGAAAUCGGCGGGUGCUGUGGCCAGGCUUCUCUCUCCACGUAUAUCUCACCGCGGCGGUUCCCAACAAUACUGUGUGACCGUGUCCUACCACAUGUACGGGAACACCAUGGGGAACUUGAUGAUAGGUACCAAGCUCGGCUCCUCUUUCAAGACCAUGUACACACUGAAAGGAGAAAAAUGCAACUUCUGGAUAGUUAUGUGCCUUACUAUCACUAUUUCUUAUUCAGGACCGUCCCUUCAGUUCUUCCUGGCAGGAGAAAGAGGUAGUGGUUACAACAGUGACAUAGCCAUCGACAACGUCAAGAUCAGCCGUGACCGAUGUUUACAACAACAAUAAGUCUAAUUAUCUGAUGAAAAAAAAUUCACGCUAUUUAAUACGGAGGGCAUUUUACAGACCGAAGCAUGUAAACCACCAUUUCCACUUGAAUUCUAUUAGUAUUAUUUCCAUAACAUAUGAUAAGUAGUCUUUAUUUUUAUAAUUACAUUAAUUUAGAUACUUAAUGUCCCGUCUGACUCACCCUUUUCUAAACUCUAUCUGUCAGGUAGCUGAAAUAAAAAGUUUCCUCACUUUUUCAUACUUUUCCAUUGUUUUUUUCUAAAAAAAACUGUUAAAAGUAUAUUUUGAAGGCAUUUUCUAGUCUUCGGCAAUUUCCGUAAAGCUUAGGUCUGUGUAACGGGUAUUAUAUACUGUCAAUAACAAUCGGACGGAUAGCAGGAUUUGGAUAACUUCUUUGGCUGCCAAACACUGUGGAUUGGGUUUGAAUCCCAUUCAGUCCCGUUUUCUUUUCUUUAUUUUUUUCAAUUAUUUAUGUUA